UGAUUUUUGACCAUUGUGAAGCAUUACUGCAUCAGUAUAUUGUAUGGUUGUUGAAGUCUUCCUAUCUUGAUUGCUGAUGCUACUCUGUUGAAUUCCUCUUUCUUGCUGUGAUAGGUUACUUGUGUAGUUUCUAGUAGUUGUCUUGAAUCCAAUAAAUUUCACCUCAGGAUGGGAGGAGUAUAUAGAACCAGAGUCUAAGCUCUGAAGAUACUUAGUUUUGAAAGCAAAGGUCUGUUGAAGCCAUGUUGACCUCAUCAGGCCUAAGCUUCCACCAGCUAUUCUGCCUCACACUUUCUGUACUGCUUCUUCUCCUGCCCUCCCAUUCUGCAGACCCUGAUCCAUUACAAGACUUCUGUGUCGCAGAUGUGAAUUCCUCCCUAUCAGUUAAUGGCUUUCCUUGCAAACCCACAUCACAGAUUACAUCAGAUGACUUUUUCUUUGAUGGGCUGAGCAAAGAAGGGAACACAACCAAUCUGAAUAAGGCGACUGUAACAGCUGGGAAUGUCCUUGCAUUUCCUGGGCUCAACACCCUUGGGAUAUCGAUGAACAGAGUCGACUUUGCUCCAGGUGGAAUCAAUCCGCCGCACUGGCACCCUCGUGCAAGUGAGUCUGGGGUGGUCAUUGAAGGAAAGCUACUUGUGGGGUUUGUGACAACUAAAAACGUGUAUUACUCCAAGGUCUUGAGUGCUGGGCAGAUGUUUGUGGUUCCGAGGGGACUUGUUCACUUUCAGCUAAACGUUGGCGAAGGGAAGGCCCUUGCCUUCACAGCUUUCAAUAGUCACUUGCCAGGCUCUGCUGUACUUUCUUUUAAUAUGUUUGCUUCGACACCUUCCAUCCCUGAUGCAGUGUUAACUAAGGCUUUUCAAGUAGAUGAUGAUGUUAUCAGCAGCAUUCGAUCCAAGUUCGGCGUCUAGGAUGCCAACUUUCAUUCUUCAGUUUUGCUUGAAUACUCUGUUGUUAAAUUGGGCUUUGUCUCUCUUCCUCUUUGUCCGUCCCUCAGUGUUAGUCUUUCUGUAGACGUAUUGGUCUGCAAUAUUAAAACUCUUCUCUGAGAAUUCUCAUGAAGUAACUUUAAUUACUUUAUUAUUGUUGUAUUUCUCAUAUGAAAUGUUCAAAUAAGGUUUUGAGUUUUAAAAGCUCAGCUGAAGAAGCUCAUUUGUCCAAUUUCAUUAUCCCCAACUCGUUAAAAUUGUUGCCAUCUAAAAAAAGAACAGAGGAUUCACUUU